UUCAUUGAUUAUAAAAGCCAAUUGCUCGCCAAUUUUGACAGAAAUGGUGGACAAGCUAUUUAGGGAGUGUAGAGAUCUAUCUGUUUCAAUCGGGUUGUAAUGGGUGGGAUAUGGCAGAUAAUAGCUCUGACAAUGGAGAGAAGGUGGACAUCAAGCCCAUUGUGAAUUCUAAAGGAGAUGACAAAUCAUCAAGUGUGGAUACAAACGAAUUAAAUGGUACCUCUAAAGCAGCCAUCAUAACCAUGAAACAAGAACCAACAAACAAAGAUUUGACCUUGAAUAUUGGUGAAACUAAGCCUGCAGGUCAGAAUGGAACCGAUGGACCUUCAGUUGGUGUAAUUGACCUCACAAGACCCUUAAAAACUGAGGGGGAAGCAUCCACUGUCAGUAAUUCACUAACAUCAGUAACCACUUCAAGAAGUUUGCAAGCUAAAGCAAGUGUAACCCCUGACUCACAAACGACGUUUAGCACAUUUGGCGGGAAUGUUUCUGGUCUUGUCUCGAGUAAUUUAACCCCAGAAGAGCAAUCAGCAGUUUAUCGAAAAGCUAACAUUCUAGCCCUGUCAGCACUGGCAAAGAAUGGUGGGCCAAACGCCAAAGAGAUGUUGGCGAUACAGCAAAAGUUACAGGAGUUCCUAACGAGUUUGAUAACACUUGCCGGACAAAAAGGGCCCGAGGUGAAGGUCAGAGUGCAGCAGCUUGUUCAAAAUUUGGUGACUGGGCAAGUGGUUGAAGACGACUUUGCUAUUCAGAUUGAGAAUGAUCUUCAAUCCCAACACCAGCCUAACUUGCUACCAUUUCUCAAGAAAAGUGUUCCUCACCUGAAGACUCGACUCCACCUUCAGCAAGUGAUAAUGAAGGAGCUUCUCCAGCGUCAAGAGCGAGAGAAGUCAACCUCUACCCCCUCCACACCCACCCAGACAACAACGCAGUCCAUAGCAACGACAGCAGGCACAACUCAAAGUGUCGCGGUCACUCAAUUCCCUACUGGCUCUACGAUCACCAAGCCAAUACUCAUUGGAGCCGGUCUUCCUGCAACAAGUACAACUCCAAGUUCUCAACCGUCUGCUUCACAUUCACAAGCUGCACAUUCCAACACGACUAUUACAACGUCUGGUGGCUCAUCAAGUACUAAUCAAGCGGGGGCAGCCAUCUCCGCAGGUGGAGGUAUAGUGUUACAGCCUGCAUUGAUAACACAGCUGAGCAAUCAGUUACCGAAAAACGUUCAAGAUCAGAUAGCCAAGUUACCUCCGGACCAACAGAAAAUGGUUUACUUACAUCACUUCAAAAGACUUCAAAUGCUUAGGCAACAAUUGCAAUCGAAACAAAAGGCCAGUACGGUUACAAGCUCUGUAUCAAGUGAACAAAUUCUUCGAGCUCAAGAGCGUCUAGUCAAGGAACAACAAGUGCCAUUAACUGUCUCCGGCCGAACUCCUCCUUCAAAAACCAGUUUCUCCAGUUUGAAGCUAGUGACGUCAAAUGCUGGAACCACCUCCCUGGCUGGUUUGUCUCCCUUCAAGGGCAAGAAAAGCAAGGGAAAAGGCAAGGACCACUCAGUGGAUGCAAAUGAAGAAGAUGACGAAGGUAUGGAUAUUCUGGACGAAGUGGGCGUCAACCUACAAGAAGAGUCUGCCCAGUUCCUGCCCCAGACAGAGGGCACCAGGAGCUCAAUACAGGACCAGGCAUUCAUCGACCUCAACCUGCUCAGGAGGAGAGUAACAAUGAUGGCGCGACAGAGUGGUGUAGGUGAAGUGUCAGAGGACUACCUGUCUCUUCUAUCCCACGCCACUGAGACACGUCUCAGGGACAUCCUAGAAAAAGUCACUCAAAUCAGUCAGCACAGAACAGAAGUACUCAAGGACAACUCCCAGUACCGAGUCCAGUCUGAGGUGCGUGGUCAACUGAGGGUGCUGGAGACCAUAGACCGACUGAUAGACAGCAGGAAGACCGAAAGAGAGAAUGAACAGACACUCAAAGCUGCAAAGAGUCGGUCGAAAGGUGCCGACCCAGUCAAAGCUGCUGAAAUCAGAGAGGUGGCCAGGCAGAUCCAAGAAGACAAGGCUGCAGUCAUGCGAGAUCAGGCGGCCAAUGAAACUGCUCUGAAGGCUAUUGGUUCUCGACGGAAGAGACCCUCCCCCCAGAGUGAGGGGGCAGCAAGUAGCAGUGGAGUGUUGCCAUCAUCCUCUCAGGCUGGAGCCACUUCUUCUUUGUUUGCACCACUAACUGUGACUCGAGCCCCUAAGAGACAUGUGACAUCACGAGACCUCAUCUUUUAUCUGGAGCAAGAAAGAGAGACUAGAAAGUCACUGACUCUCUACAAAUCUUUAAUGAAGUGAUCAGUUCAGCUCUUAUUUUAGUCCCCACCACUAUUUUCUGUACUCUAUAGGUUGAAAUUUUGUGACUGUCAUGUCAAUCAUUCAAUCCAUUUGCUUUGUCACUCUGCUAGUCUUUUAUGGGGAGUUUCCAUUCAAUUUAUAAGUUUCCUCCACAGAUAUUUAAUGCACAUUGAUACUCAUUCUUCUUGUGUUUGACUAUUUACUCUUGAUUUUGCUGUAUCAGCAAACAUGAACAUUGAUGAUGUUGACCUUCAA